CGGUUCCGGUUCUUUGUGCAGCUGCAGCAGCGGCUCCGGGAAAGAUGGCGGCCCGGGCGGGUUUUCAGUCUGUGGCUCCGAGCGGCGGCGCCGGAGCCUCAGGAGGGGCGGGCGCGGCGGCUGCCCUGGGUCCAGGCGGGACUCCGGGGCCUCCGGUGCGAAUGGGUCCGGCGCCGGGUCAAGGGCUGUACCGCUCCCCGAUGCCCGGAGCGGCCUAUCCGAGACCAGGUAUGCUACCAGGCAGCCGAAUGACACCUCAGGGACCUUCCAUGGGACCCCCUGGCUAUGGGGGGAACCCUUCAGUCCGACCUGGCCUGGCCCAGUCAGGGAUGGACCAAUCCCGCAAGAGACCUGCGCCUCAGCAGAUCCAGCAGGUCCAGCAGCAGGCGGUCCAAAAUCGGAACCACAAUGCAAAGAAAAAGAAGAUGGCUGACAAAAUUCUACCUCAAAGGAUUCGUGAACUGGUACCAGAAUCCCAGGCCUAUAUGGAUCUCUUGGCUUUUGAAAGGAAACUGGACCAGACUAUCAUGAGGAAACGGCUAGAUAUCCAGGAGGCCUUGAAACGUCCCAUCAAGCAAAAACGGAAGCUGCGAAUUUUCAUUUCUAACACUUUCAAUCCGGCUAAGUCAGAUGCCGAGGAUGGAGAAGGGACAGUGGCUUCCUGGGAGCUUCGGGUAGAAGGACGGCUCCUGGAGGAUUCAGCCUUGUCCAAAUAUGAUGCCACCAAACAAAAGAGGAAGUUCUCUUCUUUUUUUAAGUCCUUGGUGAUUGAACUGGACAAAGACCUGUAUGGGCCAGAUAACCAUCUGGUGGAAUGGCACAGGACCGCCACUACCCAGGAGACAGAUGGCUUCCAGGUGAAGCGGCCAGGAGACGUGAAUGUACGGUGUACUGUCCUGCUGAUGCUGGAUUACCAGCCUCCUCAGUUUAAAUUAGACCCUCGUCUGGCUCGGCUGCUGGGCAUCCACACCCAGACCCGUCCAGUGAUCAUUCAAGCACUGUGGCAAUAUAUUAAGACGCAUAAGCUCCAGGACCCACAUGAGCGGGAGUUUGUCAUCUGUGACAAGUACCUCCAGCAGAUCUUUGAGUCUCAACGUAUGAAGUUUUCAGAGAUCCCACAACGGCUCCACGCCUUGCUUAUGCCACCAGAGCCCAUCAUCAUUAAUCAUGUCAUCAGUGUUGACCCGAAUGAUCAGAAAAAGACAGCUUGUUAUGACAUUGAUGUGGAAGUGGAUGAUACCUUGAAGACCCAGAUGAAUUCUUUUCUGCUGUCUACUGCCAGCCAGCAGGAGAUUGCUACUCUAGACAACAAGAUCCAUGAGACAAUAGAAACUAUCAAUCAGCUGAAGACCCAGCGAGAGUUCAUGCUGAGCUUUGCCAGAGACCCCCAGGGUUUCAUCAAUGACUGGCUUCAGUCCCAGUGCCGGGACCUCAAGACCAUGACUGAUGUGGUGGGUAACCCAGAGGAAGAGCGUCGAGCUGAGUUCUACUUCCAGCCUUGGGCACAGGAGGCCGUGUGCCGAUACUUCUACUCCAAGGUGCAGCAGAGACGACAAGAAUUAGAGCAAGCCCUGGGAAUCCGAAAUACAUAGGGCUUCUCCCACAGCCCUGAUUUGGCUGCACCGAUUUCUUUAUUUGGGCCCUGUGCUGCCUGCCUCAUAGCACCUGCCUUGGUCUUGCUUGGGGCCUUCCAGGGGAUGCUGUUCGUUCUAGGACAACACCAGAAUGAAGAGGGUCUCACAUGAUACCUGUUAACCCUUUUCUCCCAUCCCAUCCCUUCCUACCCCCAGUUUCCCUUUGCCCCACAAAGUUCCCAUGUGCCUGUACCCUCCCUGGUCUGCAUAGGACCUCUAGAUAGUAUUAGAGAGAGAACCCGUAGUGGUAAUCAGUGCAUUGAAUGGAUUGGGCCUAAGGCCAAGUGGUCUUCAAAGGGACCAGCUACACUGAUCCUGCCCUUCAGAGACCCAGGAGUUGGGAGCUUUAGCCCCUUCUCCGAGACUCAGGCCUGGGGGCACUCUAUAAGCUAGUUGAUCUUGGCUUUCCUGAUAACAGAAUCCAGUUUCCUUCCUUCCCUCCACAGGUUUGGAGCAAACUGUCCCUUCACUUGUUGCCCUCUAGCACUAAAGGAAUCCUGGUUCUUGGGCUCCACUGAGCCCCAGGUCAGUCUGCAGCCCUCUGGAUUGGCCUGCUGUCUUGUGCUUCUCUUACUCCCUUGUACGGGGUCCACAUCAGUGUUGGAGCUUGUUCUCUUAGUAUUGCUCCCUCUCACCACACUCCCUGCAGCUGCUUUUUAGGAUUCCCUCCUACCUGUCCUAACCCAAGGCAUUUGAGUGGGGGAAUCUUGCCUUUCCUUGUCAGAGCCCCAAGGGCCCUCACCUAGGGUACUGUCAUUGCCAGCAGAGGCUGUUCCUUCCUGCUGUUGCUUGGAGGUGUGACUCAUUCAUUCAUUCCACCCUGCCUCCCCCAUCCUUUCAUGGAGAAACAGGCCUAAAAUCAAACGGGUAGAAGCCCUGGGCCAUCCCUGUCUUCCUGUUCCUUGUCUGCCCAGUUUGACACCCACGGGUGACUUCUAGGGCACUGAGGAGUGAAAGCGCCUAGGGCUGGAGAAUAGCUCUGAGUUGGGUUUGUGACUCUUCCCUCUCCCUGCCUCACAGGAUUGUGACUCCCCAGCCCCUGCCCUCAAAAGCUUCAGACCCCUCAGGUAGCAGCAGGACCUUGUGAUCUUGGCCCCUUGCAACUGAGAUGGUUUUGCAUCUUUCCAGGAGAGCCUCAAAUUCUUCUUCCAGGUUGUAUCACCCCUGAGUUAGCAUAUCCCAGGCUCGCAGACUCAACACAGCAGGGUGGGAGACAGCUGGGCACAGAGGGGGAAUUCCGUUCAGCAUGGGCUCUAAACCCACAGAACUGACAAAGCCCCUGCUUCCCCACCCCCUCCUCAGGCUUCUGCGAGCACAUCCCCCAGCCCUGUAUCCCUGACUGUUCCACACUGAGGACAGAAGAACUUUCUCCCUGUCUUCCCCUUCCUGUCAUUAUCCCACUCCUCCCUUGAAAGGUUCUCCCCAGAGUGACACUGGACAGACAACCUCUGUCCCUGGGGCUGGAACCAUGAGAAGGAAGCUCAGCACUCCUACACAGUGUCCCUGAAGAUAACUGUUUUUAUUAACUGAAUUGUUAUGUUUUUUUCAUGGACCAAAAUUUUUUUUGUACUGUCCCCUUAUCGAUGUCACCCAGUUUUAAUAAAAGAAUCUUCUGAAGGAUGGGUCCCCCUACCUACUGAUGGAGAGCUCUUCCCUGAGCUUUCUUCUUUGAUACCAUUAGCCAUGCUCAUGGUGUUUUGUUCCUUUUAUUUGACAGAUAUUUAUUGAGCACCUGCUGUGUGCCAGCUGUGGUUCUAGGCAUUGGGGAUAUGGUGAAAAACAAGAUUUCUACCCUGGGGACCUCAGGUUCUCACCUUCGAGCUUGUUCUGUCAGCCCCAGUGGUCCAAGCAGGCCAGGGGCUGGUUGGGGUUAGUGGCUUCAUCACUGGAUCUGAGAGUCCUGUCCUCAGUUCCCGUUAAGGAAGGCUCUAACAAGACAGUGGCACUGCCCUUCUCUCCCUUGUCCUUCUAAACUCCCCAGGGCACCUGCUGGCUCGAGUGUGCUAUCCUUGGGUACCUGUGGUCCCUUACACUUGAUGAACUUGAGCCUCCUCUAGAAUUCUCAGGGCUCCUGUCUUCAUACGGGCCAGCGCUGUAUGAGGACUGAAGCUCAGUCCUCAUGUGGUUUGUGUGCCUGCCAUUCUCUACGGUUCCACUUUCUCCACCCUGAGUAAGAUUUUAGUUCCUAAGACUGGCACGGAAGUGCUGCGCUGUCAUCCUCAUGCUAUGGACAACCAAGCCUUCACUGGUAGAGUUGAGAAGACUUUGCUCAGGAUUGGGUCCCAUUAGCAGAAGCAUGAAAUUCUGCUGCAGUUUCCAUCAUAUGCCUGCUUCCCACCUGGUGGCUCUUUGCAUUCCUCCUUUGUGCCAUUAUCUAGCUUGGUUCUACUCAAGAAGGGGGUUUAGAACACAGGGUGAACGCAACUACCUUCCAAAGUUGUAGUUAAAAAAUUAACUUUUGCCUCCAUGCAUGUGAACACUCAAGUAUUGCGUAUGUGCAGUCAAACCCACCAAGGAUACAGCCACUAUUCCCAAUCUGGAAUGUGGGAGUUUAUCAGACUUGAGUAGGGAAAGCAGAAGAAGAGUAUGUGUGGGUGAUGAUAACUUGGGAGUGGAAAAAAUUGAUGUCAAGGACAUUGAAAUGGCAUCUGUUUUCACCCAGGCUAAUUACAUGUGUAAUGAAUGGCUGAUGAACCAUUAUUAAUUUCAAGCAAAUCUGCAGUUUGCUCUUGGGAAAAGAGCUCUAGUGGUACAGAUAAUUGGCCUGUGACAGGCCAAUUCUGAACCUCUGCACACUCUUUAUUCCUAUAUAAAUGAACAAAUUCUUUGUCUCCAUACCACUUAAAAUGAUCAUAGGGACAAAAAGAUGGAAGCAUUUAGGCAAAAACAAGAGGUUAUUUUAUGCAUAAACAUCCAUUCUUUGGGGUUCUCAUCCCGUGUGCCAGGGACAGAAGCAUUCUUUCUCUUCCAUCACCCGUAAUCAGUGCUCUCAGCUGGCAGCCUGGCACUGGUGCCUUUGUCGCAGUGCCAGUGCAAUAACAGUGAUCUGUGGGAGGCUGGCUCUGUAGUAGGCAUCAUUUUGUUCCUAAGAGAAACAAUCAACUGCAGAUUUCACGUAUGUCCCCCUAAGGGAACUCCCUGGCCAUGGGAGUAGAGUAUGGUGGGCUUUUUCCCAGGCGGUCCCUAGAACUUAGGAAACCAUUUCUCCCCAGUCUUGACCUCAGGGCCACUUACCCUUACCCAGUGAUUGCACACAGAUUCCCCUCUGGCCCAGUGCUUAUCACUGUUUGCAGCCAGCAGCAGCCCAGGGGGAUGGAAACACCCACUCAGCAGUCGGCCAGGCCAGGAAGUCAGCACGUGAGCACACAGUGCUGUCUGCUUUCUAGGCCAAGGUGCACAGACAGCUGGAGUGUAGGGGUUCUUUGCCCCACUUCCCACAUCAGCCUAGAAACUAGAGUUCCCCCUCAUAGUUAAACAGGUUGCU